UACACUGUCUCAGAAUCAGAGGAAGCUGUUGAGAUCUGCAUCACUGCAGUAGGAGCCAAUACUCCAUGUCCCAGCACUCAGUCUUUUCAGGUCACCCUUUCAACCACUGAUGAAAGUGCAGUGAGCCCUUCAGACUAUGAAGCCCUGAGUGAAGUGUUGACAUUUGCUCCCUGUGACACCCAACAUUGUGUGAAUGUGAUCAUCACGGAUGAUCUGGUGAACGAACCAGAGGAGACAUUUUCCCUCAGUCUCAAUAAGCUGACAUCAUUCGUAACUCUCAGUACAGCUGCUGGAGAGGUGCUCAUUACUGAUGAUGAUGAUAAACCAGAAGAAGUCAGGUUCCUCCCAGUGAAUGCCACAGCAGUCAGGAUCUCCUGGAGUGGCAGUGUCCACCUCUCCACCUCCAUCAUCUACACUGUCUAUUGCUCCACUAUAAUUAUGAGACAGUAUGAGAGGGUUUACUCACAUGGAGUGACUUUUGCUGACAUUGUUCUGGAAGAUGACAUCACUCUGACUGAUAUAUACGUUCACAACUUUACUCUUCAUUACAUACUUCCAGAUGAUGUCACCCCAAACCAGACUGUAGCAAUCUUUACUUUCGAUAAAGGUGUCUUUCAGGUUCAGUUUGGUCCAAUUUACUACUGCCUCGACUCAGUAUUCAAGAAGAUUGAUCGUGCGAUUGAAGAACAGCUACAAUUGUACUUGAUUGACAUCAUACGUAAAAGUUGCCCUGAGUGUUACAGUUUAACACUUACAUUUCUGAGGCCAGGAUUGUUUCUUUGCCAUGGCAACCCCACUAAAACAACCUACCGCACCACUCUGGCUAACCCUUUCCCCACCACAAAC